AUGGCGCUCAGCUUCCACCCGACAACCGCCUCGCUGUUCGGCCACCACCGGCUCCCCGCCCCGAACGCCGCGGCGGACAUGAGCUUCCUCCAGGACGACGACGACGACGUCCACUCCGAGGUCACCGACGCGCUGCUCGGCUUCGUGUACGACCCGCUCGACGCCUCCAACGCCGCGCUCGACGACCUCCUCAGCCUGCCCCCGCCCAGCGACGCCACCGCCGCCGCCUUCCUCGCUCCGCGCGACGGCGCCACCGGGGCCGAUCAGAACUCCGGCAAGAGGCAGCGCAUUGGCGGUGGCAACCAGCAGGUGCCUCUGAUGAACGACGAGUACGUCCUGCAUCUGCCACUGCCGCCCCCGCCCGUGGUCCCGGUCCUGACGACGCAGGUUCCCGAGCCCCUCGUGUUCGUGCGCGGCGCGGACUCCAACAAGAACGCCGGCGGCGGCGCGUGCCAGUCCGUUCAGAAGUCGGCGGCGAGGCAGCGCCGGAAGCGGAUCAGCGAGAAGACGGCCGAGCUGGCGCGGCUCAUCCCCGGGGCGCACAAGCUCAACACCGCUGAGAUGCUGGAGGAGGCCGCUCGCCACGUGAAGCUCCUGCAGGCACAGGUCGGCGUGCUCGCCCUCAUGCGCGCCGCCGGCUCAAGCGAGAUGAAGGAGGAGAAGAUGCCGUCGGCCAUGGCGCAGGAGCGAAUGCACGCGCUGCUGGCGUGCGGCGGCGUGCAGGAGCUGCUGACCGCUGAGGGCAAGUGCCUGGUGCCGACGAGUCUGGUGGACGCCGUGGCCAAGGACGCCGACGUCAAGGCCAACCCGGUGGUGCGCAGGGACCUCGGCCGGUUCGUGGCGUCGCUGCAGGCGGGCCAGUGA